CUGCGCAUGACCACCUCAGGCUCCGGCCGGCGUCUGCACUUCCCUCGCUGAGCUCAACGUACCUACUUCAAGUUCACGGCCCGAGAAGGGCCCGAGGGUCAGAUUCUGAUUGCCAUGGCCGGGCCUGGCCUCUGAUCCGCUCCUCUGACCCGCCCUGCUCGUGCCUGCUCCUGCCGGGGCGCGCCAUGGCUGGCGCUGCGGACGGCGGCCUGGUGGCCGCGGUGGAGGCGCUGUUUGCGGCGUCCGAGAGCAGCGUGGUCACGGCGGUGCGCCUGGCCAAGAGCGCGCCCGCGUCCGCCUGGAACCUCAGCGUGCGCAGGAACCGGGUGACCAGCAAGCCGCGCGUGCUCGCCGUCACAGCCAAGCGCUCCCCGGCGACGCAGCGCUUCAAAGUCAACCUGCACGUCAUCAAACAGAGCAAUGCGGGGCUGCAGGUGUCCAAGACGUACAAGCUGAAGCACCUUGUCAAGAUUGAGGCGCUACCCGGAGAUGCGGCCGCCCUUUCUUUCUUCCUGAGAUUUGACAAUGCCAAACCAGGGAUCCCCGUGCCACAGUGGACUGCGCGCACGCCGGAUGACAGGAACCUGCUGGUGGUUACCUUGCUGCGCCUCUGUCGAGAGAAUGGCCUCAAGCUGCCCGUCGUCGUGGGCCUCGACGUUGUGGAGAUGGCGCUCUGGGCCCAGGCGCACGCUGCCCCGCUGCCCGCCGGGGCGCCCGAGCUGGGCCCGCCCAUGGUGGCGGGGGUGGGCGUGGCGGUGGGCGGCGGCGCGGAGGGCGGCGCGGCGGCGCUGGUGGGCGUGGGCCCCGCGGAGGCGCUGGUGAGCGCGGAAGAGGAGGCGGGCAUGGCCGCGCUGCUGGGCAGCUACACGCUGGGCAUCGGGCAGGCGGAGGCGUUCAGCGAGCGGCUCCGGCGCGAGCUGGCGGCGCUGGAGGCGGCCAACGUGCACGCAAUCCUGGAAAGCGAGCCGCUGGUGGACGCGGUGCUGGCCGCGCUGGACGAGGCGGCCGGGCGCGCGGACGACAUGGACGAGACGCUGGCCGUGUUCAACACCAAGCUGCGCCACAUGCGCGAGGACAUUGAGGCGAUUGAGCUGCGCAACAACCGGCUGGAGCAGCAGGCGGAGAACAACGGCGCGCUGCUGGCGGAGCUGGCGGCGCUGCUGGCCCGCCUGCGCGUGCCCCCCGAGUUCUCUUCGCUGCUGCUGGGGGGACCCUUUGAGGAGCCGUGCAUGGCGCAGAACAUGGAGGCUGCGCGCUGGCUCACGCAGGCGCGCGCCGCGCUGGAGCCCCCUGCGCUCCCCGCCCAGUACGCCGGCAUGCAGGCGGUGCGCGAGAAGCGCGCGGAGCUAGAGCGGCUGCGCAGCACGUGGGUGCGCCGUGCCACCGACUUCCUGCGCACCUACCUCGCCGCCAUUGCCGACCCCCUGCUGGCCAACCGGGCCGCCUUCUCCCAGCGCGGCGCCCUCAAGCGGCCAGACCACUCGGAGCUGCGCUAUCGCUGCCGCGCCUACGCGCCCCUGCUGCAGCACCUCAAGGAGCUGGACCCCGCGUGCCUGCCGCCCCUGCGCCAGGCCUACUGUCACUCCCUGAAUAGCCUCCUGCGACGCGAGGCGCGCGCGUUUGCGGAGGAGCUGCGCGCCAGCAGCAAGCUGGUGCGCACGACCAACUCGUGGCUGGAGAACCUGGCGGGGGCCGCCAACGGCACGGGGGGGCCCGCGCUUUCGCCCGCAGGGGAGGCCUACACUACUAUGCUGCGCACGUUCGUGCCGCUCAUCGUCGACGAGAGCAAUUUCUUUGCGGGCUUCAUGUGCUUCGACGUGGAAGCGCCCAGCCGCACGCGCAGUGACUCCCUCAACAUCGACCUCUCCGACGACGAGACCGACGCGCCUGCCGCCCCUGAUGGCAAGACUGUGGUGGUGGCGCGCGGCGUGGCGGAGCAGGCGGCGCUGGCGGCGGGGCAGGGCGCACUGGUGGCGGGGCUGUCGGAGGACUUCGUGGGGCUGGUGGACUGGGCGUGCCGGCUGGACGCGGUGCAGGCCAUCACGCUGGACGGCAUCACCGAGGCCUGGCUCGCCUCCCAUGGCACCGCCGACCACGGCAGCCCCGCCAUCGCGCAGCUCCUCGCCGACUGCGCCGACAGGAUCCGGGCCAGCUGGGCCAAGUUCAUCGAGGAGGUGACGCACCAGAUCGAGCGGUACGAUAAGGGGCUGAAGCAGGCGGGCGUGCUGCCGUACAUCCCGCGCUUUGCGCUGCUGGCGGGUCGCAUGGAGCAGCUGGUGCAGGGCGGCGCGCGCGACGCGGUGGACGGCGCGUACGAGCGGCUGGUGGGCACCAUGUUCGCCGUGCUGCACCGCAUCGCCGCCGCGGACCCCAAGCACGCGCCGAUCCUGCUGCUCGAGAACUACGCCGCGUUCCAGAACAGCACCUUCGACCUCGCCAACAGCGUGCCCGCCCUCGCCGUCUUCUACCAGCAGGCCAGCGACGCCUACGAGCAGGCCUGCGCCGACUACGUCCACGCGGCCAUCGCCUACCAAUUCGGGAAGCUGUUCCAGUUCGGCGAGCGCAUCAAGGCCCUCGACGUCCGCCCCGAGGAGGUGCCCUUCUCGCCCGGCUUCAGCAAGGCGGACCUGCGCAAGCUGCUCAAGAGCACGCUCGCCGGGGUGGAGAAGCAGCUGGGCGGCAUGUACAAGCGCAUGGCCAAGCACCUGACCGCGGACGACCUGCUGCCCAGCCUCUGGGACAAGGCCAAGGAGGAGUUCCUGGCGCAGUACGAGGACCUGGAGGCGCUGCUCGCGCAGUGCUACCCCAGCGAACAGCUCAGCCCCUCCUCCCCGGAGAUGCGCGAACUGUUCCGAACAGUGUGAUGCUGCCUUAUGCUUCGGGAUCGUUGUGUACCAUACUGUGCAUACAAGUGCAAGCGCAUAUUGUCAAGGCCAAAUCCUCACGUCCAUGCCAUCUGGUAGUUCGUGGGCAUGACGCGUGGGUCGAUGGGAAACAAUCGUCAGAAUGCGACCGGUGCGUCGAGCCUGGUCCAAUCUGCAGCUUGUCAUUGAAAUCCAUGUGCUGAAGUUCUUAUGCAUUG